AUGCGAUAUGUCGAACUGCCAGAGAAGCAAAUUUCAAACGAUGAAGAGUACAAUAGUGAUGUUAGCUUAGACGAGGAAGAUGAAGAGUUGAUUUGGAGAGUGUUCUAUAACACUUUCGAAAAAAACAAUCACUCACAUGUAGACAGCCCCACGGAUCUUUAUGAUGAUAACGAAGCUACCAGUGGCGAGGACUACGAUGAAGAUGAAGACGAUAUCAGCGAUCUAUCGGAUAUAGAUGACCCCAAUCUAAUUGCUAGAUUCAAAGACUUGAAGCAGAAUAAGAUAGACAAAGAUAUGAGUGACGAAGACAGAAAGAGACUACUUAUUGCGAACUUUACAGAUGAACAAAUGGAGAGAUUUGAAGCGUACAGAAGAAUGACAGUAAAUAAACCUGGCAUAAAAAAGAUAUGUAAUGGAGUUCUUGGGCAUUCAAUACCACAGAACAUUGCGGUGGUAUUGGCUGGUAUAUCUAAACUGUUCUUGGGCGAGAUAAUAAGCAAAGCGUUUGAAAUGCAAGACAGGGAUUACAAAUCGAAAUUAAUACUAGAUAUAGAUGCAAAAAAGAGACUUAAAAGGGAAAUUCUAGCAAGCUUGGAAAGAGGCCAAGAAAUAGAAGUUGAUGAUAGAAGAUUGCAAUUUGAGGGUGACAAAAUAAAGCCUCUUCAACCAAACUAUAUACGAGAAGCCUGGAGACUUUAUAAGUUGGAAAACAGCAGUAUUCCUAAUUCUCAGUGGAGAAGACAAGGUGAUUCUGAUGGAAAAUUCUUCCGUUGA